AUGUGUGAUGGUUUCAUACGUAAAGAUAACUGGGAUAUACCUGGAAAUGACAUAUUAUCUUCUCCUGUACAUCAACCUGAUUAUGCUAGCUGUUGCUUCCUAUGUCAAGCAACUUAUGGAUGUUCUGCUUUUUCAUAUUCGGUAUCAAGUCAACAAUGUUCACUGAAAGCAAGAAUGGGGAGUGCUGGAAAUUCAACUGAUGGGAAAAUUACUGGAUAUAAUCCAAAUAUGUGCGGUAGUUUCAUACGUAAAGAUAACUGGGAUAUACCUGGAAAUGACAUAUUAUCUUCUCCUGUACAUCAACCUGAUUAUGCUAGCUGUUGCUCACAAUGUCAAGCAACUAAUGGAUGUAUUGCUUUUUCGUAUUCGCCAUCAAGUCAACAAUGUUCACUGAAAACAAGUAUUGGUGGUGGUCGAAAUUCAACUGACGAUAAUAUUAUUGGUUACUAUUUCCAUCCAUUACGUGGACCUUCCACCGACAUUCAUCCAAAUACUCAAUGGCAAGAGAAUGGUCUUACUGUGGCUGGAGGCAAUGGACCAGGUAGUUCACUCAAUCAAUUGUAUUAUCCAUGGGGUUUGUAUGUUGACGAUAAUGAAACAAUCUAUGUCGCUGAUUAUGAGAACCAUCGUAUUAUGAAAUGGGAACGGAAUGCAACGAGUGGCCAAGUGGUUGCCGGUGGGAAUGGACCAGGAAAUAGAAGUGAUCAGUUGAAUCACCCAUAUGAUGUAAUUGUCGACAAGGAGAGAGAUCGUAUCUUCAUCUGUGAUUAUGUAAAUAAAAGAGUCGUUCAAUGGCCUCUUCUACAUGGAAAAAGUGGAGAAACAAUCAUCUCUGACAUGGAUUGCUGGGGUUUGACAAUGGACGAACAGGGAUCUCUCUAUGUCGUUGACCCUGAGAAAUAUAAAGUGAAACGAUUUAAAAUUGGUGACACUAAAGGAACACUGAUUGCAGGUGGCAAUGGACAAGGAAAUGCUCUCAAUCAAUUCGAUCAUCCGCGCUUCAUAUUUGUCGAUCAAGAUUAUUCAGCAUACGUGUCUGAGUGGAAAAAUCGUGUGACGAAAUGGAUGAAUGGUGAAGAGUCAGGCAUUCUCGUAGCUGGUGGUACAGAACCAGGAAAUGGUCUUGGACAACUGUCACUUCCUAAAGGAGUUGUUGUUGAUCAUUCUUUCACUCUCUAUGUGGUUGACAGUGGGAACAAUCGAAUCAUGCGUUGGCCUAAAGGAGCCACAGAGGGAAGUAUCAUUAUUGGUGAAAACGGUGGAGGAGGAGGAUCGAACCAACUUACUGGAUUCGGCGGUUUGUCAUUCGAUCGAGACGGAAAUCUCUAUGUCGUCGAUAAUGCCAAUCAUCGAGUACAAAAAUUUAAAAUCGAGCAAACUCAGAACGAUUAUUGA